AUGGACGAGAGCGAUUCCAGCACCGAUAGCCAUAGAGUCGCAAAGAGACAGAAAACAAGUCACUCCAGUGAUGUUUCUACUCUGAGACAUGACUCAUAUACUGUAGCAUGGAUUUGUGCUCUGCCUAUCGAGAUGGCAGCAGCCCUCAUCAUGCUGGAUGAGAAACAUACCCCACUACCGACACACCCCGGUGACAACAACACAUACAAGCUGGGAAGGAUCAAACAGCACAAUGUCGUGAUUGCAUGUCUACCAUCCAAUCAGUAUGGAAAUGUAAAUGCGGCCAAUGUUGUAACUAACUUGACACGAACCUUUCCAUCGAUUAGAGCGGGAUUGCUGGUCGGCAUCGGCGGUGGUGUGCCUAGCAAGGCGAACGAUAUAAGACUUGGAGACAUUGUGGUUGGAUCAAGAGUUGUGCAGUAUGACCUUGGUAAAACUGUCGGUGAUGGAGAGCUACAGACGACAGCCUCGCCCAGAUUCCCGCACCAACUACUGAGCACUGCGGUUUCUGCUCUACGAGCGGAGCAUGAACAAAGCUCUAGUCAGAUAUCGUACAUCCUGAACCAAAGGCUUGAAGAUCAUCCUGCUUAUUGUCGCCCGAAAUUGCCGGAUCGCCUUUUUGAUACCAACUACGAUCAUGAGCUUAUUUACCAAGACUGUGAUCAAUGCGAUCAGUCGAGUUUAGUCCAGCGGGGCAAAAGACCCUCCAGCGACAUUGCAAUACACUACGGCCCAAUUGCUUCGGCAAAUCAAGUGAUGAAAAGCGGGCCCACCAGAGACAACCUUGCUCAGCAGCUGAAAGUCAUAUGCUUCGAGAUGGAAGCAGCGGGCUUGAUGGACACUUUACCGUGCCUGAUAAUACGCGGGAUUUGCGACUACUCAGACUCUCACAAGAGCAAGGGCUGGCAGAGAUAUGCCGCAGCGACGGCAGCUGCAUAUGCAAGAGAGUUGCUCGGAGAGUUGUCCAUGACCGAAAACGAAUGCAAUCGCAAUCCUGCUUCAAGUUUUGAACAUAAUACUGCACAAGAGAGCUCACAGGACCAUCGACAGAGUCUGCUAGACUCUUUGAAAUUUGACCAAAUCGCCUCCCGGAAAUUGAAUAUCAAAGCGGCCCAUGCAAAAACAUGCCGAUGGUUUCUCAAACAUCCGGACUAUCAAGCUUGGCUGGACCCAGUACGACUAAUGCAUCACCAUGGAUUUCUAUGGGUUAGUGGUAAACCAGGUGCUGGAAAGUCAACAAUCAUGAAGUUCGCCUGCCUGAACAUGCAGAAGAAAGUACAAAAGAGCCAGAAGCAGUCACUUGUUGUCUCGUUCUUCUUUAAUGCCCGAGGCGAGUACUUAGAAAGAUCCAUUUUAGGGAUGUAUCGAUCAUUGCUCUUCCAGCUUCUUCAAGGGUAUCCUGACCUCCAGUCAGUGCUGGAUGACUCUGAUGUUAUUUCGCACGGAUGCACUUCUUUAAAUGUUCUGAAAGAUCUCUUCGGCACUGCAGUCUUGGGCCUUGGCGAGAGAUCCUUGACCUGUUUUGUUGAUGCCCUCGACGAGUGCGAUGAACAGCAAGCUGUGGAUAUGGUUCAGUACUUUGAAGACCUUGCCGAACAAUCUGUGUCUGAAAAUGUUCUAUUCAAAGUUUGUUUUUCUAGUCGCCAUUAUCCCUACAUCACGAUCAAACAAGGGAUCCGACUCACGCUUGAGGACCAGAUGGGCCAUUCCCAAGAUCUAGAGACCUAUGUUACAAGCCGCCUUCAAAUCCAAGACUCGGCUCUGAACGCAGACCUACGGCCACAACUUCUCGAGAAGGCAGCAGGUGUCUUUAUGUGGGUAGUCCUUGUUGUGGACAUCCUCAACAAAGAAUACCGACGAGGUGGAUUGUAUCUACGGAGGAGGCUGAAUGAGAUACCGAGUGACUUGAGCGAAUUGUUUAAAGACAUUCUCAGGCGGGAUAAUGAGAAUAUGGAGGAGCUUCUUCUUUGUAUUCUCUGGGUUCUUUAUGCAAAGCGUCCCCUCCAACCAAAGGAGUUUUACCACGCUCUCUGGUCCGGGCUCGCACUCAAAGACCUAGUCGAUGAUAAGCCAGUGGUCUUCGGUGACCCAGAUUCAAGUGACAGCUUGAAAUUGGGUCUUAACUGGGAAGACUCGGGCCAUGAAACGCUGAAAAAAAGUUGCGAUGUCUAUCUCAAUCACGUCUAUGCUCAUAUUUCUUCGCCCAAGUUCAAAUCGAGCACCGAGCCACGGAUGGAUACUGUCAGUACAUAUCCAUUUUCAGCCUAUGCCUGUCAGCAGUUGCUCUAUCACUCUGAGAGAGCGGUAGAAUCUAUUCCCCAAUGUGAAUUCUUGGAGGAUUUCAAUGAAUUCAAACUUCCACAAUGGAUCGAAAUCAACAACGUGUUUGAAGACUUCAAAAUUCGACAUUAUGGAUCACUUGCAACUCUCAUUUACAUACUUGCCGACAUGGGGCAUCCAAAGUUAAUUCGGCAAUGGUCCAAGUGCGACCCGCAUGUUCACCGGGCGUGCAGGGAGCGGUACAGGUAUCCAUUUUUUGCCGCUAUUUCUAGCGGCAAUAAAGAUGCUGUCGCUGCUUUAUUGAACAUACCUUCCAGCAUCUACAAUGAGGUCGAUAUUAUGGAAGGUUUCAACAGCAGAAAAGACCUUAAGCGGUACAGAGGUCAAACCCCGCUUACCUGGGCAGCUUUGGAAGGUCGUACAAGUCUUAUUCAGCUUCUUCUGCGUCAGGGUCUCGACCCCAACGAGGGAAAUGAUGGGGGGAAAAGCCCCCUUAUCUGUGCUUUGGAGAAUGAUAAUGAGCUAUCUGCCAGCAUCCUCCUUGAGAAUGGAGCAAAUAUCGACACAGUUUCGUUCCAAACUGCAUGCAAGGAAGGAUUGCAUCGAACUGUCAUUCUCAUGAUUGAAAAUGGAUCAGAUAUUGAGACCACCGGCAGAUUUCACAACUCGACAGCUUUUCUAGACGCAUCGGAAGGGGGACACGAGGCUGUUGUUCGGCUCCUUAUUGAGAAAGGGGCAGAUAUAGAAGCCAGCAGUGUUCACAACUCGACACCUCUUUUAAAAGCAUCAUGGUGGGGACAUGAGGCUAUUGUUCGGCUCCUUAUUGAGAAGGGGGCAGACAUAGAGGCCAGAAGUGUUCACAACUCAACACCUCUUUUAGAAGCAUCAUUGAUGGGACGUGAGAAUAUUGUUCGGUUUUUGAUUGAGAAGGGGGCAGAUAUAGAGGCCAGCAGUGCUCACAACUUAACACCUCUUUUAAGAGCAUCAUGGAUGGGACGUGAGGCUACCGUCCGGCUCCUUGCUGAGAAAGGAGCAAAUGUUAAUGCACAAUCUUCUAACGGAGACACGCCUCUUGCGUUCGCAAUAAAUUUAAACGUGGAUAUUGUGAAACUUCUCAUCGACUUCGGAGCUGAUGUUAACUUCAAGCAUGGUUCUGGGGAGACGGCUUUAGCACGUGCCAAAGCCCGUGGUCGUCAAUUUCAAGAUACAGUUCAGCUUCUUAUAGAUCAUGGGGCUGAGUGA